AAGUCACUACCGAGUGCUGACAUACAGGGUUUCUGAAAUGAGAGUUCAAAUAUCAGCUGAAAGUCAAGAGUCCUCUCUCAGUGCAAAGCUGGUCCUGCUACUUGUAUUGCUAGCAAUUUUCUUCCCAGGUGGUGACAAUCAGGAAGACUCCCAGGGGCCGACCACAUUCCACCUCAUCCAAAUCUCAUCCUUUGUCAACAGCACCUGGACACAGAACCACUGCUCAGGCUGGUUGGAUGAUGUGCAGGUUUUUGGCUGGGAUAGUGACACAGGCACUGCCAUCUUCCUAAAACCCUGGGCCAAGGGCAACUUCAGUGAUGAGGCCAUUCAGAUGGUGGAGGAGAUCUUCCGCAAUUACUUCUCUGUAUUCACCAGUGAAGUGCAGGAUCAUGUCAGUGAGUUCAAGUUGAAAUACCCUUUUGAGAUCCAGGGCUUAGCAGGCUGUGAGCUGCGCACAGGGGGAACCAUCAUGGGCUUCCUGAGGGGGUCUUUAAAAGGAAUGGAUUUUAUAAGCUUCAAGUCAGCUUGGCCCUCCCCAAAAGGUGAACUCAGGGCACAGAAAUUCUGCACAGUGAUCACGAAGUACAAAGGUAUCUGCGAAACAGUGGAGAAGCUGCUGUUAGAAACCUGCCCCCAAUAUCUCCUGAGCGUCCUGGAAGCAGGGAAGGCAGACCUUCAGAGGCAAGUGAAGCCUGAGGCCUGGCUGUCCAGUGGUCCCAGUCCUGGGCCUGGCCGUCUGCUGCUGGUGUGCCAUGUGUCUGGCUUCUACCCCAAACACAUGUGGGUGAUGUGGAUUCGAGGUGAGCAGGAGCAGGAGGGAACCCAGAGAAGUGACUUCCUGCCCAAUGCAGAUGGCACGUGGUAUCUCAGAGCAGUCCUAGAUGUGGCAGCUGAGGACACAGCUGGCCUGGCCUGCAGGGUGAAGCACAGCAGCCUAGGAGGGCAGGACUUCGUCCUCUAUUGGGGACACUCCCUCUCUGUUGGCUUGAUCAUUUUGGCAAUUAUAGUGCCCUGUGCGCUCAUUUUUCUGGGGCUUGCAUUGUGGUUUUGGAGGCGCAGGUCGUAUCAGGACACCCAGUGAACUCUCAUCAUGUCUUCUCUCCCAUCUGAAAUAAGUGCCAAGAAGUUCAGAAACAGGAUGUCAUCCCAGGAGUCAACCUUGAUACAUUUCAUCAAGUUAGCAUUGAUGUUGAUCAAAGCAUUUCCCCAUAUAUAUAAUUUAUAUACAAGCAGAAAAACAAUUAAGAACUGUGAAUUUAUUUUGAGAUGCUAUCAAAGGUAGUACCCACCCAUAUUUCAUCAUUCAUCAGAAACAUAUUCUGAAUUUCUUGAGAGUUUAUAUAUUUUUUAUGUGACAUACUCUUAAUGAUCUUCAAAUGGCAGAACAAAAUUAUGUGUCCGUAACUUACCUGUUUUGCAUGUAAUAUAUACACAUGGCUUCAGUUUUUAAAUGUUUUGUUUUGGGUUUUACAUUUAUGUUCACUUAAUUCUUAGAGUGUUCUGUUCAGAUUUUGGUAUGAAGGAUUUUUUUUACUACACAAAAUGAGAUUAAAAAUGGUUCUUUUUUUUUUUUUU